UGCCUCUACGCUGGGUCUCCGUUCCCCUCAUACCUCGGGGACUGUGUGCCCCUCUCCCUGCUGUAAAAAUGGCUGAGGAAAAAUUUGACAAGCCUGCAAUAGAAGAAAAUGUAUUUGAAGCCUUGGAAAAAGACUUCCAAGAAGUCAUCAGUGAGCUUACAGGAGAUCAAAGCCUGGAGAAAUUUCGUGUGGAAUAUGAGAAACUCCAUGCAGUGCUGAAAAAGUCAUACGAGAAUGAAAAGCGUCUCAUGGCAAAAUGCAGGGAACUGAAUGCAGAAAUUGUAGUGAAUUCAGCUAAAGUGGCUACUGCUUUGAAACUCUCUCAGGAUGAUCAGACAACAAUAGCAUCACUAAAAAGGGAGAUCGAAAAGGCUUGGAAAAUGGUGGAUGCAGCUUAUGAGAAGGAGCAGAAAGCAAAGGAAACCAUCAUGUCUCUUAAAGAGGAAAUCGUGAACUUGACUAAAUUAGUGGAACAAGGAUCUGGAUUAUCAUUGGGUCAAGAGCAUAGCAUGCGAGAAUUGCUAAAAUUCAAGGAGGAAGUAACAAAGGAGCGAGACCAGCUUUUGUCAGAGGUUGUGAAGUUACGUGAAAAUGUAACAAAUAUGUCAGAUCAACAGCAAGAGGCAGAAAAGACAAAAGUUGAGGCAGACUCAACCAUUGCUCAGCUCCAUCAGGAAAUCCAACUACGUCAGAAUGAGGCUUCACGGGAGACCCGGAGGAAAGACAAAAUGGAGAGGGAACUAAAACAGGUUCAGAUGGAAUUAGACAACAAGGUGGCUGACAUGAAGACAAUGCAGCAAAGUAUGAAUAGGAAUAAGGAGGAGCUCCUGAGAAUCGAACAGCAGCUCAAGGAGCAAAAGAUCCUCAAUGAAAGAGCCACGAAAGAACUUGAACAGUGUACAGCAAGGAAUGCCAAACUCCAGCAAGAGAAUGAACAGCAUAGCAUAGCAAUUGAACAACUUAUGCAGGAGAACCAGCAGAAAACCAUGGAGCUGAGAGCAAGAGAAGAUGAGGUGUCUCAGAUGCGUCAAGAGAUUUCAAAACUUUCCAAAGUGAGAGAAGUUAUGCAGCGAAAACUACGCGUUGUAGAGGAGCAAAAAACGCAUGCAGAAUAUGAAAGGGACACCCUUAAAAACCAGAUAAGUGGGCUGGAAAAAGAGUUGGAAGGUGCAAAAAAGCAGGCAGAAAUUGAUAAGAAAGCUAUAGAAGAGCUUGUGAGAGAAAGAGACAUAUUGAACAAGAACUUACUCAAGGCUGCAAGUGUUACUCAAAAGCAGAUGAACCUUGUUAAGCUCCAUGAACAGUCGAAGAAGAAUCUGGAAGAAGAAAUUCAGAAUUAUAAGGAUGAGGCUCAGAAACAGAGAAAGAUUAUCUUCCAGCUGGAAAAAGAGAGAGACCGCUAUAUCAAUGAAGCUAGUGAUCUUACACAGAAGGUCCUUCAUCACAUGGAAGAUAUCAAAGUGAGGGAAAUGCAGAUCUUUGACUACAAAAAGCAGAUAGCAGAGUCUGAAACAAAAUUAAAACAGCAACAAAAUCUCUACGAAGCUGUGAGAUCAGACAGAAACCUCUACAGUAAAAAUCUGAUCGAAGCCCAGGAUGAAAUCAAUGAAAUGAGAAAGAAGCUGAAGAUUAUGACUCACCAGGUAGAUCAGCUGAAAGAAGAGAUCUCUGCUAAAGAGGCAGCCCUUGUGAAAGUGCAUCUGGACCACCAGCGGAUAGAAAAAGAGAAAGAAGCCUUAAAGAGUGAACUACUUAAAAUGAGACAACAAGCUGUGGAGACUAAACAUUUUAUUGAAAAGCAAGAGGAAGAAGAAAGAAAACUCUUGAAAAUUAUUUCGGAAGCUGAUGCAGAGAGGAUGAGGCAGAAAAAAGAAUUAGAUCAGGUUAUUAGUGAAAGAGACAUUCUAGGGAGCCAGCUGGUUCGCCGCAAUGAUGAAUUGGCUCUUCUGUAUGAGAAGAUCAAAAUCCAGCAGUCAAUUCUGAACAAAGGAGAAAUGCAGUACCGGCAAAGAGUGGAAGACAUCCGUCUCCUCAAGCUAGAGAUCAAGAAACUUCGUCGGGAGAAGGCGAUACUUGGCAAGAGCGUAGCUAAUGUGGAAGAACUCAGGCAGGAAGUUUAUCAUAUGCAGAAGGAGUUACUGAAGGAACGGACCCGCUGUAGAGCCUUGGAGGAGGAGCUUGAGAAUCCCAUGAAUGUUCAUAGAUGGAGAAAAUUAGAGGCCAGCGACCCAAGUACCUAUGAAUUGAUACAAAAGAUACAUGCAUUGCAGAAACGGCUCAUCAGCAAGACAGAAGAAGUGGUUGAGAAAGAGUUGCUCCUCCAGGAGAAAGAGAAGCUGUAUGUAGAACUGAAGCACAUCUUAGCUCGUCAGCCUGGACCAGAAGCUGCAGAACAGUUGCAGUUAUAUCGGCACACCCUGCGGGAGAAAACCAAGCAACUUAAAGUUUUGUCUUCUGAACUGAACAUGUAUGAAUCACAGAGUCAAGAAUACAAAUAUGAAAUUGAAAGACUUGCCAAUGAGCUUCUAAAUGUAAAGAAGAAAUACCUCACCCAAAAACGCAAGGAGCAUGAAAACAAGGAAAAGGAGAGAGCCUUGAGCAACAUGGAACAUGACUACCAAGGACAGAGAACCAGAGUUCCACGCUUCACUGGAGGUGGUUUCCCGCUUAGCAAUCCACCUCCCAAAAUUGUGGCCUAAAACAUUUGCCCCACUAAACAUCAUCACCUAGAAUGGAAAAGAGGCGUUGGAAUCUCCUGCUGAACUAAAAUGUUGUUUUGAAUAUAUAUUAGAGUAUAUUAUUGUUUUUAAAAUAAUUUGUAGCAAAAUAUGUCCUUGAGAUUACUUGCUGUUUCAAUAAAAAAAAUAGAAUUUUGGAGUAGGCAAUGCUAUUUGUUAUGCCCAGUUAAUUGAAUGCUGCCCAUAAAGAGGUCACUCACUCCCCAUCUUAUAUAUAUCUUUGGCGCAUAUAUUUCUAUUUUUACACCUUUUGUUACAUUUCAAAGCACCCAUGACUGGAAGUAAGUGCUGCUGAAAUCAGUGUGGCUUGCUUCCAAGUAAAAACAUUGGGUAUUAAAACUGUAAUCAGCUGUAAAGGAUUAGCUAUAUUGCCUCAAUCUACCUCUUCCUCAGUAUGAAAAAAAAAGAAAAAAUAACUAUAAUGUAAUAGCUUAAGAAAAUAUAAAGCCGAGAAUUUUCUCUUUAAUGGAAUAACAUUAAUUUGUGAAAGUGAAGGUUGUGUGUUAUACAGUCCCAAAACUCAUUAGAAAGGUGUGAGAGAACAUUAAAACCAUACUGGUGAAUGUAUUUCUUUUUUAUGCUAGAUACCAAGUAUGAUGGUAAUGUCUUUGACUGUACUUGUUAUAGACAGGCAUGCUCCCAAUGUACAAUCUUUAAUUAAUUUCUUAUGUAUCAAAUGUAGAGUCUAA